AUGAGUUUAGAAGAUACAUUAGCCAAUAUGUCACUGUAUGACGCCAAGAAAUAUUUCCGUAAAGCUCAAAAUGUUAUGUAUAAUUACACAGACAUGGAAGGUAAAGUGCGUGAAGCUACAAAUAAUGAACCCUGGGGUGCAUCAUCAACCUUAAUGGAACAAAUUGCACAGGGGACAUAUAACCUGUUGGAGCGUCAAGAGAUUUUAGGGAUGGUGUUUAGACGGUUCACAGAAAAAUCAGGUAGUGAAUGGAGACAAAUAUAUAAAGCGUUACAAUUAUUGGACUAUUUGAUUCGUCACGGUUCAGAAAGGUUUAUUGAUGAUGUACGCAGUAGUAUUAGAUUGAUUGAAUUAUUAGAAUCCUUCCAUUAUAUUGAUUCCGAAGGUAGAGAUCAAGGGAUUAAUGUUAGAAAUCGUGCACAAGAGAUUACUUCAUUAUUACAAGAUGAUUCAAGAAUCAGAUCGGAGAGAAAGAAAGCUCGUGAUACAACAAAGAAAUAUAAAGGUGUUGCAGGUGGUGUUAUCACUGGGGGUACUGGUUCUAUGGAUACGAGUAUGAAUACAUCUGCUGGAUUUAAUAAAUCUCAUGGUAAUGGUAUUAGUGUGAGUGCAGAUUUUGAUCACCACAGUGAUGAUGAAGGUACUGGAUAUAAUAAAUCAUCAAGUUACUCACAGGAACAAUUUUCAUUUGGAGGUACAAAUGAAAAUCCAAUAUUACAAGAAGAACAAGAUGAAGAAGAAGAAGAAGAUGAUGAUGAUGAAUUUUCGGAAUUUCAAUCUGCUACACCAAUUACAACCACUAAUAAACCAACUGUAUCCUUACUUGAUUUUACUAAUGAUAUUCCUAGUACAAGCAGUCAUCCCACCGAGGUUGUUAUUCCUGCUAUUACUACUGCUAAUGAAACCAAGAAAUCUGACCCAUUCAGUUCAUUGUUCAACACAGCAAAGGUUGAAAAACCAAGACAAGUACCCACAGAGACAACAAAAACUACAGAAAAAGACGAUGAGGACGACGACAUAUUUGGAGAAAUGACAUCUGCACCAACGCAACCUGCAUCAACCAACGAAGAUCUAUUAGACUUAAUCUAA